CGGGACUUCCGGCGAGGCAGGUUGGACACAGUGACAGACUUCACCUCCUUAAAAUUGGAAGAAAACCUGCAGGACGACGCGUUACAAGUUAUUAAACAAUUGUAAUGAUUUUCCAACAUGGACGACAUCAACCUUCAUUAUCGCUUUCUGAACUGGAGAAGGCGAAUACGAGAAAUUCGUGAAGUGCGAGCAGUGAGAUACCGGGAGCGGCUGAAAAGGAUGCUGAGGGAUGGAGACAUACUCAGGUAUCACGGCAAUUCAGAUGAAGUUGGCUGUUUUGUUGCAGCCAGGCCAUUGUCAAAAAGAAAUCGCUAUUUUGAAGUGACCAUCAUUGAUACAGGAGUGAGGGGGAUGAUUGCUGUCGGUUUGGUGCCUCAGUUGUACAAGUUGGACCAUCAGCCGGGCUGGCUCCCGCAGUCUGUGGCCUUUCAUGCUGAUGAUGGCAAGCUGUAUAAUGGCAACACUGUAGGACAGCAGUUCGGUCCAAAAUGCUGCAGAGGUGACAGGAUUGGAUGUGGGAUAUCCCUGGACUCUGAUGAUGGACAGUUAACAGUGUUCUUCACCAAGAAUGGUAAAGAAGUCGGCUGUGUGGAAAUCCCAGCGUCUCCUGAUGCUCUCUACCCUGCUCUGGGAAUGCACUCUUUGGGGGAGGAAGUGCUGCUGGACCUGCACGCUGAAUGGGGAAUGGAGGAGGAUGAUGGACAGAUGAUUGUGGAUAGCCAUGAAGAAGACUGGGCCCGCCUCCACGAUGUUAAGGUGACUGGCACGCUGCUGGAGUACGUGGGGAAAGGGAAGAGCAUUGUGGACGUGGGCUUGGCUCAGGCCCGUCGGCCUCUCAACACACGCUUCCACUACUAUGAGCUGGAGAUCACAGAUGCUGGAGAGAAGUGUUACAUCGCCCUGGGGCUGGCACGCAGGGAUUAUCCUAAAAACAGACAUCCAGGUUGGAGCAGAGGGUCCAUAGCUUAUCAUGCAGACGAUGGGAAGUUGUUCCAGGGCAGUGGGGUUGGGGAUGCAUUCGGACCACGCUGCUUUGAAGGAGACAUUAUGGGCUGUGGGAUCAUGUUUCCACGUGACUACAACCUUGAUGGUGGAGAUGACGCAGAUGACUGGGACUUUGAUGUGUUACCCAAGCCCAGCGAGGUUCAGAACGACUUGUAUGCAAGCAAUGAAGAUGAGGAGGAUGAGGGAGAAGAUAUGGAGGGGACGAAGGUGACGGUGUUCUUCACUCGAAAUGGAAAGGUAGUGGGUCGAAGGGAAGUGUUCUUACCAGUAGGAGGCUUCUACCCCACAAUUGGCAUGAUGAGCACCGGGGAGAAGGUCAGAGUAGACCUGCACCCCCUCAGUGGCUGAGCAGAGGAAAGCAGAGGAAGGAUGAAUGAUUGAGCUCAAAGACCACCGACAUUAAAUAAUAGCUCCACAUCAACAGGCUCCAACUUGCUACUUGAAAAAGUCACAGCGGUGUAGGAGGUUCUGUGGCUCCCUCAUGCUGUAAAAAUGGUUUAACAUGCUGACAGUUUUUGUUUUAAAAUAAUGAUCAAAUUAAUUUAUGUUAAUAUUAUCUGUGCCUCAAAAAAAUGCUUUGUAAUGAAAUGGUUUUAUAAGAAAAUUUUAAGGGUAAAACACUAUUUUUGACACUUAAACCACAAAGUUAAUAAAAUAAUAUAAAAUGUUAAAAUAGGGUCUCACCAGAAUGUGAAUGUGGGUUGCAGCCAACAAAUGGACACCACUGUCCUCAUAAGUGGAACAUUAUCAACAGUAAUAUAUGUCAGCAGAUACUCUCACAGCCGCACUGUGCUUGUUACCAGAGGUCUGCUGUGCGCUGCUGUUCUUCCUCCUGUUGAUGGUGUAUUACUGACACUCAGUGGCGAGAGUGAUCGUGUCGGUGCUUGUUCUGACACGGAGUCAUUACAGCUUUUUUUGUGGCAACCAUGCAAGCAAUGAGCAAUAGGAAAUGUGGGAUAAUUAAAUGUGAUAACAAUUAGUAGGAAUUAAAUUCAAACCAUCAAUAUGACCUUUAACUGUUCUGAAGGUGUAUGCUGUUUCAGAAGCAAAUUUCCAAAUUGAAGUUGAUUUGGAGACUGUGAUGGCUGUUGCCCUUCUUAAUCAGGUAUUAACUUAAUUGUUGGGCUGUAAUUAAAAAUAUGUACAGGUUAUAAUCACUCCAAAAUAUGUGGGAUAAACAUGUCUAAAAAAAGGUCUUGAGCCUUUUGAUAAACUGAGCUUUAUAGGAAAAAGACAGAUUGGAGGUCUUGGUAUUGAAUGUAUUUUCUGUGGAUCAUGAGGUAUUCUGGAUGAAAUGGAUACAAAACGUCUCAAAAAGGGAAAACCAUGAAGAGCAAUUCUCUGAUCCUUGAAUUCUUUCAGGCCAAAAAAUUAAAUAUAAAAAUAAUUACUUAACAUGGCGUAGUACUAGUUCAACAUUGAAUAUUUUGUUAAAGAUAUGAAUGUUGAAAAUGAAGCCAUAACUAAGAUCUGCUGCUCUCAGGUAUAUUUGAAAAUCAAAAUUAAUUAACAUUGUUUUUUCUAACGUCAGUCAUUGUUUGCCACAAACUGUUUUUUACUUGUAAUUCUUCUUUUGUUUGUUUGUUUGAUUAGUUAUUGUUUUUCUGACAAAUAUUUCUCUUUGAAAUAGAAGACAGUAAAAGUAGAGGACUCUGACAAUCCCACUGUUAUAGUUAAAUAGUUAAUGAUCUUUUUUCUUUUUCUGACACACAUUAGACACAGCACCUACCCUUCACUAUGAUUUUAGGAAUAAAGACGCUACUUCUGGUAUCACUUCAUACUAUACUAGAACAGGUUUCUCUGCAGAUUCACAAAAUUAUGACAGUAGGCUGUGUAUCGCUGGCGACAACUGCAAUUUUAAAAUUGUGCCUGCAAUACUGUAUUUUAAUGCGACUUUUAAAAAAAAAAAAAAAAAAAAAAAACAAUCCGCCAUAAACAGAUAAAAGCUUUAUGGAUGUGGUAAGAAGGUUUUAUAGUACAAUAUUGAUCAUUUGAACUUUGACUGUUUCUAAAUAUUUGACUUUAAGACCAAAGUGCCUGCAGGAAUUAAUCCAGUCUGGGCCCUCUAUUAGUUAACACAUGUGGUAGAAGGAUCAUGCGUAUAGCUGGUGGAAAGGUUCAGUCUGGACGUUGGUUCAUAGUCACUCAUAUUUGUGGAACCACAUUCCACAUUGUUGCAUGUCCUUAUCAUAAGGUCCGUAUACCUUAUGGGAUCCAUGUUUUCCUGAAUACAGCAGAUGCCAUGGUGGCUGCAUCUGGCCGCAUCUGGCCAAUAAUGUUUAAAGACUCUGGUGUUCAUGUAAUACUCCACUGCUGCUAACUUUGUGCUGAGAAAACUCUCUGCACAUAUUCACAUCAGCCUGUACUGUAACCAAGCAUGUUUAUGCCAUUGUUUAUGUUUUGACCCUGUCGUAGAAGUAACAGACUGUGAGUUUUCUAAUGUUUUUUCCUUUUCUAUUAUCGCCCAGUCUUGGUGACCACAUUGUGUGUGAAUCAUUAGUUUACAUGAAUUAAGAAUGGUCCUCUACUGCUGGUGGCCAACUGCUACACGCUUCUAACGUUCAGCCCUUCUUUAAUUAAUCAUGAAACAAGUUUAAAACAAUCAGGAUUUGUUUCAGUCUCUUCCAAGCCCUGUUAUGUGUUUUCAUUUCAUCUAGACUGUUCUCUCAUCCUGUUGUUUUUUUUCUUCACUUAAAGCAAUCAGAUAAACAUGCCAAAAAUAAUGAAAAAGAAAAUAAAGAGUAU